AUGCCGCCAAAGUCACGUGCUAAGAAGGCCAACGCCAAGGUUGCUGCUCGUAAGCAGCCGUUCAGUGCACCUGUCACGCCAAGGAGGGCUGAUGGAGCUCUAAGCAACGACAAUGCUGCUGAUACGCCGAUAACGGGCCCUGUUCAUGUGGAUCGCCCAGAGUCUUCGUCAAUAGCCGCUGCCAGGCUGUCUGCACUGAAAGGGAAGGGACACGCGGAAGAAACAGUCAACAAACAAGAGAGUCUUCGUAAGCCGGAGAUGCCUGAGUCAAUGUCGCCGGAUGCUGAGGCUGACAUGGAGUUCCCUGAAGAGGAAGAAGACGUAGACGCUGAUGGAUCUGGUUAUCUCAGUGACGACUCGGAUGAAGGAGCUGACCCUGUCAUGGCUGGUCUUGUUGCUGCGCAUAUCUGUUAUACGCUAACCUUGCUGAUCCCAGAUAAGCACAUUGAGGAGGUUCCUCGUACCAUGGAAUCGGUCAUGGCGCACCUGGUCCACUGGAAGAAGGAACUCUCUGCUGAUGCGCCUGCAACAACGAAGUUUCAGAAACUCCAGCCGACUUACCUGUCGAAGGAGCGCUUUGGUCGUGUUCAAGUCACCUUCGUCCAUGAGAAGGAUGCUGCUUUUGUCUGGAAGCGUGCUGUUGCUCAUGACUGCCUUAACGGUACCUCUCUGAAGUUGACAUGGCACUUUCCAGAGAAUGCGGAUUAUGUGCGCGCUCGCUCCCUCCACCCGAACGCCUUUGAAGUGGUGCUGAAGGGGGUCCCGGCAGAGCUGACUCCGGAGCGAAUCCGCAAGUUCCUGGUGAUUGUGUGGUUGGUGAAGAGGGGGAAGACACCGUUUAAGGAAGGUUAUGGUUUCCACCGCGUGCAAGAUCCGGUGUUAGGGAUGGACACAGACAAGAUUCUUGGCCUUCUCAUCCAGCACGAAAACGAUCUCUACCGCUGGCGUCACUUCAUCGUUGACCCUGCUAUGAAUGGGAAGAAGCUGCUGCUGCACUUCCCCUCGCUCAACUGUGACUACUGCAACGGCCAUCACAUGACACGCUACCACGACGACUACGUCACUGACCGUCAGGCCAACAUUAUUAAGGCAGAAGCAGCUGCAGUAGUGGACCCAGGUGGUGCAGCAGGCGGGGUUGCGGUGCUAAGAGAUCUCAACAUUGUGGCCGACCCCAUCAUGGACAAGACGUCGAGGCAAGGCUCGGAUGCGGAAAACAGGAGGCUCCUGCACAUAUGCUCUAAGUGGGACUUACGUGAUGUUUUCCGGACGCUGUACCCAUCGCGACUGGAAUACACCUUCUUAGCAAGGCCAACGUUGUCAAGCUCCCGCAUAGAUCGCGCUCUGGCAUCGUCCUCCAUGCUUCCGCUGGUAGCUGAUGCUUAUCACUCGGCAUCGCCGCCGGACGUCACGGACCACUGGUUUGGCAUCACCACAGUACUGACCGCGCAGACAAGAGAGGCGCAGGGCCCGGGGCUAUGGAGGAUGCAUGCGGAUCAGACGAAACACCCAGGGGUACGGAACACCAUCCGGCAGGUGCUGUCGGAGCAAGGUGGGACCGGCAAGCCAGACCUGCACUCCACACUCGCAGGGCUGCAGGCCAGCCUCAAAGCUCACGCAAGGGAGGAAAGAAAGAGGAUUGGAAAGACAAUAGCACAUUUGGAGGAUAGGGUGGCAGCACUGCGACAAAAGUUUAUGGCGGACUCGAGUCAAGGAGGGAAAUAUGCGGAGCUGACCAAGUACGAGGCACAACUCAAGGCGUACCGCGAUAGCCAGCGGAGGCGGAAGCAAACAAUGGCAGGGAUUGGUGCGGAGAUGAACGGCGAAAUCGCGAACAAAUUCCUAACUCAGAGGAUUGCUUCGCGAAAGGCGAAAACGGCGAUCAAGGAGAUUGUACAUGACGGCAAAAAAUACGAAGGGGAGAGGGAGGUCUUGACAGCGGCAUCCGACUUCUACGCCAAACUUUUUGGAGCAAAACAGCAAGUGGCGGAGUUGGAAGAGUGGCCGAUGGACCCAACGAAAACACUGAGCGCGGAAGCAAGGCAGGGACUCAUAGCACCCUGGACAGAGAAGGAGGUUAGACGGGCGAUGCGAGAACUGCCAAGGGGGAAAGCGCCAGGGGCAGACGGCCUGCCGAAGGAACUGCUUGAAGACAACUGGGACCUGCUGGGGGAGUCGGUAAUGGAUUUCAUGAGAGGCUUUGAAAAAACAGCGGAGCUGCCAAGGAGCGCGUCAACGGCAGUGACAAUCCUGUUGCACAAAAAAGGGGAGAGGACGGAUCUGGGGAAUUACAGGCCCAUCACCCUGCUAAAUGCGACGUACAAGAUCGCGGCGAAACUGCUUGCGAACAGGAUGAAGGGGGUGCUAUCUCAGGUCAUCUCGGAGAAUCAAUUCGGCUUCGUCUCGGGCAGGCGGUUGGCGGAUGCUGUUAAAGUAGUAGCGGACACUAUUGACGCAGCAGUGACAGGAAAAGAGGACUGGUACUUACUGCUUGUAGACUUUCAAAAAGCCUACGAUUCGGUGUUGCGAGCCUUCAUGUUUCGCACCCUGGAGCGUAUGGGCUUUCCGAAGGCCUUUGUGGAAUGGACCAAGGGACUGCAUGACCACGCGGCGACGCAACUGCUGGUCAAUGGAUGGCUGGGUGAGCGGGUGGAGGUUGAGUCGGGAGUGCGGCAAGGAUGCCCACUCGCACCUUAUCUCUUCAUCUGCGCAGCAGAGCCGCUAAGUCAGGAAGCGGAACGACGGAGACUAGGAUUACGAAAGAGGGGGAAAGGUGGCUUGGCAUACCUUGGGUAUGCGGACGACACAACGCUUCUGCUCCGUGGGAAGGAGCAGCUCAAGAAGGCGCAGAGCCUCUUGGAGGACUUCAGUGACAGAUCCGGAUUGCACGUUAACCGAGGGAAAUCCACGGUGAUGCCACUGGGUAGGAACAGGACGGGCAAGCCACCUGCAGAUGUGCACUACAACUGGGCGGAGAGGGGGACACCAGAGAGAUUACUCGGCAUCUGGAUAACAACAGAUGGGAGAGCGGAGCCUACUUGGGAAAAAGCCCUGCCCAAAGGAGAGGGUGAGCAGCCAAGCGCUGUGGAAUCUGGGAGCGGCGUUGUUAGAAGGGAACCCGAUGAAACAGUGGCUGCAAGACAGAGCGGCAAAUAUGCCACUGGGCUGGGCGACAUUGCUGGCACACAAGGCAAUACUAGCGGAAUGGACGUGUGGGAGCGGGCGCUGGAAAUCACUUACACCACUCGUGUGGGACAAGCAGCUGCCGGAGCUGCCGGAACCUGCAAACCGCUGGGAGAUGGCGCGGGAGCAGCUCUGGUUCAGCCGCUGGAUACACUACCAGGGGAACAGCCCUUUUGGCAGGCAGAAAGGCUCAGAAUGCCUGAGGGAGUUGACGGUGGGUGA